UCUCGACUCUUGAAUUGUCGAUUGUCGUCAUAAUCAUAACAUAACCUAUAAAAAUGUGUGAAAUAAUAAGAUAAUAGAUAGAACAAAUACGGUAAUAUAAGAAUAAAUAACUCAACUAAUGCAGUGUGAACUGAUAAGUCUGACUUGACAUAUUUCUUAAUUCAAGAGCAUCAAAUAAUAGGAGUUUUAUUACUGUACUUGAUAACAAUAUGAUUUUAUGAUGAAGUAACCUAUAAAUUGAAUGAUAAGAGUAUGCAGCAGAGUUGAAAAAAUAAGUUACUGCGAUAUCGUUUUAUUACAUGAAAACUCUUCUUUUAUCAAUAUUUCUUUUGCUGUGUAGCAUACAUAUUCCAAAAAUGACAACUGUUCUUCCAGCAAUUUCAAAAUUAACAACACGAGUUAUACGUGUGCUGGGCAGUAAUCCUGGACCAAUGACAUUACAAGGGACAAAUUCAUACAUUGUAGGCACAGGAGACAGGAGAAUUUUGAUCGAUACCAGCGAGCCACAGAUUCCAGAGUACUCGGAUACAUUGAAAGGAGUUCUAACGAAUGAGAAAGUCCAACUGGAACACAUCAUUUUGACACACUGGCACCAUGAUCAUGUCGGUGCUGUUCCCGAAGUGCUGGCCAAAAUAAAUCCUGAAUGCAAAGUGUGGAAAUUUCCAAGAUCCGAUACUGAAGAGAAAGUGGACUUUAGACCUUUAGAAAAUGGACAAGUGUUUCGGGUUGAAGGAGCCACCUUAUCUGUAAUCCACACGCCGGGCCAUACAAGCGAUCACGUGGUGCUGGCCUUGAAAGAGGAGAACGCUGUGUUUAGCGGUGACUGUAUCUUGGGCGAGGGGACCACUGUCUUCGAAGACCUAUACGAGUACAUGAAAUCACUGCAAACCAUCAGAAGUUUGCAGCCGUCUUUUAUUUACCCCGGCCAUGGUCCAUUGGUUGAGGAAUAUCCGGAAAAACUUCAGAAGCCCGCACUCUAUGCUGUACGAAAACACUUUGAAAAGUUGAAAAAAGAUGGAAAAGUUAUAGAGCACAAUAAUGGUUGGAGUUUGAAAGAAAAAAGCAAAGUGUAAACAGGAAUAAUUAUUGUUUUCCAUUUAUCAUAUGGAAUUGUAUGAUAAUUAUCAUAUUAUGCUAUUAUAAAUAAUUCUAAAAAUAGCGCUAUCAAACAAGAUUUAGAAUCGAUAUUAAUUAUGCUCAAAUAUGUUUAAUGAUUUACUCUGUAUGCAUAGCAGAUAACACAUUUACUCCAAUAAAUAAGAUUUAUAUUAAUAA